ACUGCUCCUUCGCUACUCGAAGACUAACCUUUGAACAGAGUCCCAUCCUUUUCUUCUCACUUUUUCAGCAUACUCUGUUCAACAAACGGAAUGACUUUGGAACUGACCCAGAACCUUCUUUUGGAGAAAUUCCCAUUCCUGAAAAAUGGAUCUAUAUGACUUUUCCUUCCCUCUUUCUUCUGCCAGCGAGCUCUACGAUGACGCUUGCCUCAACACCGGGGACAUGAACAUUUUUGACGACCUGGAAGGCCAACCAAUUAAUGCCGAGCCUGCCAAGUCACAGAACAAUCCCAACGACCACGGCCACCAUCAAGUCCCAGUGUCAGAAGAAGAAGACAAGCAUGUGAGGGCUCCACGGGACUUCCGGCAGGGAGGCAACUGUCUGCUAUGGGCCUGCAAAGCAUGCAAGAAGAAGACAACACACGAAGACAGGAGGAAGGUGGCAACAAUGAGGGAGAGGCGACGUCUUAGCAAGGUCAAUGACGCCUUUGAGACCCUAAAGCGGUGCUCAGCCUCUAACCCUAACCAGAGGCUGCCCAAGGUGGAGAUCCUGAGAAAUGCAAUCGACUAUAUUGAGUCUCUGCAGGCGCUGCUGAAGUCCAACAAGGAUGACGGCUUCUACCCAGUGUUUGAACACUUCAGUGCAGACAUGAAGACGUCCAGCCCGCACUCCAACUGCUCUGAUGGCAAGGCGGAUUUCUUCUUUCCGUGCUCAACUCGAAGUGCAAACAGUGCUGCUUCUUGCCAUGGCCAGACAACAGAUGAUUCUAGCAAGAGUGCACCAUCACUCCUCUCCAGUUUAGACUGUUUAGCCAGCAUUGUGGAGCGCAUCAGCACAGACCAGGCAAGGACCUGGGCAUUGGAUCCCGUGGCCCUGGAUCCCCUACAGUUGAUAGAAUUACCGAAGAAGCCAACAGUAGCUACGAGGCGCUCUGAAACGAAUGGACCAAAAGACUAAUUUCCACAACCGCAAACGAGAUCGUAAUAGACCUUUGUUGAUCAAGUCAUGUUGAAGUACAGCAGCGCUUUGGAAGGCGCCAGAUGCUGCCUUACAGCAAAAUGGUUCCGUUUGGAACGUGGGUCUGAAUUUCAGUUCAGGCCUUUUUUGUGGCUUUUUUCACAUCCUCACUGUGCUUGCACGGGUUCUGUUAAGGUACUCCAGCAAACAUGUUCAUUGGGUGGAUGGAUGCUUUGUACACCUUGAAAUACUUGCCCUCGUAAGACAUGACGAAAGACCUCGAUUUGUAUUUGAUGUGUAAUUUAUGAGUCACACACAUUUAUUCAAUAAUAUUUAUCAUCUAAAAUCUCCACAUUUUUAUAAUGCACUCUGGGUUCGAGUUAUGAAUUUAGCCUUGUGGGAACUUGGAUUUAUAUUUUCGAGUAUGCUGUCGACACUGAAAUAGUAGGCGUAAGUAACGAAAUUCAGUUUUAAAGACCCAUGUGAGUAAAUGAGUCUCAAAUGUCACAACAAAUUGCAUGAAUUCAACUUCAACUAAAGCGUAGUUCCAUAUCGACAAUGUCAUUUUUUGGGGUUUUAAGAGUUACGAUUUUUCGAAAAAAAAAAAAAAAGAAAAGGCUUAUCACACCAAUGCAGCCCUGCUAAUUGGGUAAGAAGGAUUGGUUCACAAGUGUACGUCAGGUAAUGUACAGUGAGACUCCAACUUUAUUGUCCUACAGUGUAUAUAUCUUUUUUCUUUCUAGUGUAUCCUACAUGCAUAAUAAACCAGGCAGUUGGUUUUUGGUUUCAUGCGGACUACAAGUGGGCUGAAGCCUAUUUCAGCUGACUGAGCGAGAGGUGAGUCCACCGUGGACUGGUCACCAGCCAAUCCCAGGGAAAGCUUUCACCAUUGUGAAAAAAACACUUGUCAAUGAUGAAAUCCUUUGCCGCAUAUACUGUACGUGGGUCCCUUGGAUCAAAACUACAACAUUUGUAUCAAAUGAAACGUCUUCAUCGAAAU